AAGAAACGAAGCAGCAUUUCAUCUGAAGCUCUAACUGCAGCAUGACAGCUUCAAUGUAAUGUUUAGAGAAGCCCAUAGAAGACAAUAAAGAAGGCCAUUGAAGGUGGUGAAAGUACAUCUAUACGUUAUAUAUAAUGGCAGGAGAGUCCAAUAGCUCUAAUAUGGACUGUGAUGUGUACAGAGAUAUGCACCCAUUUACCUACUUCUAUUACCUGGUGUUCAUGGUUGGAUUUUUUGGAAGCUGCUUUGCAUUGUGGGCCUUCACUAGAAGUGAAAGCAGUCAGAAGUGCACAAGCAUAUACCUCAUCAACCUACUCAUAGCAGACUUCUUGCUGACCCUUGCCUUGCCAUUUAAGAUUGUUGUAGACCUGGGCAUUGCAACAUGGAAACUGAAAAUAUUUCACUGCCAGGUCACAGCGGUUAUCAUCUACAUCAAUAUGUACCUAUCUAUUAUCUUCCUGGGAUUUGUAAGUAUGGACCGAUGCCUACAAACAAUUAACAGUUCUAAGCUGUACCAAGUGCAAAAGAGGGGGUUCGCCAAGAUGAUAUCUGCAGUUGUUUGGACACUAGUACUUUUUAUAAUGUUACCAAAUAUGCUGAUACCUAUUAAAGACAUCCCGGAAAGGGAGAUUGUUGGCUGCAUUGACUUUAAACAAGAAAUCGGAAAGCACUGGCAUGUUCUUUCAAACUUCAUAAGCCUUGCAAUAUUUUUUAACUGCUCCUGCAUUGUUUUAAUCUCAAAUUUUCUCACCAUAAAACGACUUUACAGGAACAAGGAUUGUGAGGAAUUUCACAACAUCAAACAAGCUUUGGUACAGAUCCUGCUUGUGACAGCUGGAUAUGUGAUCUGUUUUGUCCCAUAUCAUAUUGUUCGCAUCCCAUACACUUUGAGCCAAAGCAACAUUAUAAUGGACUGUGGCCUGAAGCAAGUGCUUUUCCAUGCAAAGGAAUCUACUCUCUUGCUUUCAGUUUCUAACUUGUGUUUUGACCCAAUACUCUACUUUUACUUUUCUAAGACAUUUAGAACCAAAAUCACCAAGACAUUUUCCAUGAAAAAAGAGGCAACAGCUGUCAAUGAAGUUAAUUAUCCAUUAUCACUGUGAAACGUAUUGCAGCAGCCGCUACAAGGUUUCUAAAACUGUCUUUUUGAGGAAGCCUAAGGAUUCAGAUUCAUGGCCAAAGAAUUGGUUCAGAAUUAACUAAACCCCAUUUUUAAAUGAUUGACUGUUGAAGGAAGACAUUUUCACUUUAUUUAUACAAUUAGGAGGACAGCUGCCAACAGCCUGACCCAGAUGUUAAGAAUAACUGGUAUAUUUGUAUCAAAUAAAUGAUACUAUGAUAACAUAGUAACUGCUUUAAAGAAAUACAGAUACCAGAUGUUAAAGCUUUUUUUCAUUUAUCAUAACUUUCUCUUUACAUGCUAUUUAUAAUUUUGCACUUUGCCCACUGCAUGGGGCAUUGUACAUAAACCCUAAAGUGUAACAAAGUAUCACAAAACAUCCUAAUGUAAAACAUAUUAAGAUUAAUUUACCAUUAUCCCAGGUGUAAGCGCAUGAGCUGUAAUGGUGCAAUAUGUACCCCUUUAGGGGCAAGCAUUUGCUACUAUGGCAAUGGUCUGUGCAUGCAAUGAUGUACAAGCCUACGAGUUAGUUAUUUGGAAGUCCUGUACUUAAUGACUGCCAUAAACAGGGCUCUUCUGCAUUGUGUAGCCCCUGUCACCCCCUAGCCUGCACAUUAGAAUGAUGCUUAUGAUAGGAGGUAGCCAAAGGGACAUCCACAUGCCACCCACAACCAACCUUCUCUACCAAAUGCAGUCAGUGCCAAAUUCAAAGUGAAAUGCAGCCCUUGGCCCUUCAUUCAAGGACAGAACCAAUGGCAGAGACAGGGGGUAAAGGGGGGUACCCCAGUCAGGGCCUUGUGGCAGAGGGUGUCCCAGGGUAUACAAAGGAGCAAGUCAUUGAUUGUGAAGGGGUGAGGCAAUAAGCAGCUGGGUUUGGUAGAUAAUAGGUGGAGAUUCACAAAUGGACAUGCCUGGGGUGCAUCAGGACAUGACCAUGCACACUUUAUUUUCAUUGGCCAGGGGUCUAGUUGACUCAUGGACUAAUAACUAUGUAGCCCUGCCCAUGGGACAUCUUACAAAAUAAAAAAAUAGGGUGAUUUGAAACCUAGAAACCCCAGGAAUUACUAUCAGAGUGACUGAUUCAAAGAAAAGGGAAAUAUAAAAAGCAUUUAUUUAAAGGGGAUGUAUUCCUUUAAAUCAAAUGAAUGCAAAUGUAUCAGGAUUGUUGGAAAAAAAACACACAAGACUAUAUAAUCAUGUACUUUUAGCUCAUAUUCAAAAAAUGAACAUUUUGCCACCUGUUUUAUACAAGUAGUUGACAGAGACCAGCUCAGUAAUGGCAGGAAGGAUGGGCAAACUUGACUAGUGGUAUCAACUGGCUUGCAGGUCCAUGUACCUGCUAUAAUUCUAAUGGUUUUACUCACAAAUAUGCAAUGGAUCACAUCAUUGGAGUCUUAAACCAGCAAGAGUGCUUUAGCUCAGAGUUAGGGGAAAAUAAAGUAUCAGUAUAAACCACAAUGCAAGUAUUAAAUGACUGAAUUUUCCAUUGGUUGUAUGUAUCUGUAUCAGAGUGGAUACAAACCUAUCUACUGCUUCUGUAGAAAAACCUUCAGUCCUCCAGUCCAGACACUGGGAGUUCAAUGGGGCCCAUAUUACCUCUGACUGGCCUGCUCCACAACUGCAGAAUAAGUAUCCGUGUCUUGCUAAGUACUGGAGUUCAGAACCCCAGCUUAUCAAUGUGAUACCUCGCAGUAAAAUAAAAAAAAAGGGGAUAAGAAAUGAAUUAAUUUUGAAGUGUUGUCCUUUUAGAAACAUUUGCAUGAGAAUGUAGACAAGUGUUGGGUCUAUACAUCUUAAGGUAAGCUGCGGCAUGACAUUGAGAAGUUGAAAUGUAUAAGUUACUCAUAGUCUGGAGAACCGGAAGGUGCUGCGUUUCACUGUUCCUCUUAUAUUGUUCUAAAAAGGAGAACUUGCAUUAUUCUGGCAAUAGCCUGUGGUCUGAUUUGGAAGUUUUCCAGAAAUGUAGCAACUAUAUUUAAUCUCACCCAGCGAGUGAAAAUAUUUAUGACUGGGUAAAAAGUACAGAAGUAUAAAAAGGACUGUGUUUAAUUGUAAUAUGAAAGAAAAACAGAUCAAAUUUUAGAUGGAGGUGGAAGAACUAGAAAGGUUUUAGUAUUUCUUAUAGCAAAUGUAUGUUUCUGUACCAGAAAAGUAAUCCAAAAAAUAAAUGCUUAUUAUGCAGAUAUAGUACAGUAUGCAUGCCGCUGUACACAUCCAUUAGUCAGAUAUAAUGCCAUACAUAACUAAUGUUUUUAUUUUCAACCAACUGAAAAUUCUGAGCCAAAUUCAAGUCAUCUUUCUGAACA